CUUCGACCCUGCGUGAGUGUGGUAUUUUCUGUAGCAAUCGACUUUCUGGACUCCAACAAUUCGGAAUGGAUAUAUCAGACUGUAGAGUUGGUGGCAGGAUUCAGCGCUGUGCGGGUUUUUGUGAGGUGCCAGAGUGCCUAUUCAUUAUUGCUCCUGGAGCAAGAGUUCUGAAAGCUAGUAGGCAUGGGGAAAUCCAGCACCAUUUCUGUACCUAUUGGUCUCAUCAGUCAGAAUAUUGAGAUCCUGGACAUGCCAAAUAUCUACUUCACACUUCACCAGCUAUUUCGAGUGUCCAAGCACCUACCAUACCUCAAGCAGCUGAAACCUGAUAUCGAUCUGACAGAUAUACUGCAUGCAAAUGGUGGUAUCCAUAGAGGAUGUCAUGAUGUAUGCCAUACUCGUAGGGAACAAGUAGAGGAACCAAGGCGGAUAGCGGUCUAUUUAUUUUGUGGCCGCACAAAUGUUAUGAGCUCAUCAGCCCCAUGUUCGGCCAUCUGGAUGAGAGUUGCUCGGAUAUGGAUAUUGCCAAACGACUGGAUAUUCAGCGCUAUUCUCUGUUUACAAGGCUGGCUGGUAUGGAAGCGACAUGGGAUAACUGAGUAGAUGGACGCGUGCAAAACAGCAGCUAUUCCCUUGGCACUCUGCCCAGCUAUCAGAUAUAGGAAAACAUAUACCAGCAACUAAAUCCUCACACUUUCCUUGAUCAAGCCUGGUGCUCAAGUGCUGACCUCAUGGCGAUUGCAUGGACAAACCACCACCAAGAGUUUACUCGUCGUCUUGAAGUUGCAGCACCCGCUGCUCAAUCCAGAUUAGAACAUUCUCACAAAUAAGCG